AUGGCGCCGAAAGAAUUGAAUUUUAUCACCGGCAAUAAAAAUAAGCUUCUGGAGGUCCAAGCCAUCUUGGCCGGCGUGGUGGAUUUAAAAAGCCAGGCUCUAGAUUUGGUUGAGAUCCAAGGGACAAUAGAAGAAGUUACGCUGGAUAAGUGCAAACGAGCAGCUGAUACAGUUCGAGGACCAGUCCUUGUGGAAGAUACAUGUUUGGCCUUUAAUGCCUUCAACGGCCUGCCAGGACCAUAUAUAAAAUGGUUCAUGCUCAAUCUCGGUGUACAGGACCUCCAUAAGCUGCUUGCAGGCUUCGAGGAUAAGUCCGCUCAAGCCAUUUGUACCUUCGCAUAUUGCGAGGGCCCGGGCCAUGAUCCAAUUAUCUUCCAAGGCAGAACCGAUGGCAAGAUCGUACCAUCCCGUGGUCCCACUGUGUUCGGAUGGGAUUCGUCAUUUGAGUAUGAGGGUCAGACGUAUGCGGAGAUGGAGAAGUCGGAGAAGAACAAGGUCUCCCACCGUGGGAAGGCUUUAGAGAAGCUUCAGGAGUGGUUGAAGGAGCAAGUCUGA